AUGUCAGCGCACCAGCAGCUGCCGCAUUCGCCCCUCGCACGCGCCUCUGAAGGUAUCGCUCAUGCACCCAGCACUGGCCACAGCAGCCGCGUGAGCCAGGAUGUGCGUCAGGCACGCGCUCAGCAGGCCUUCGACGCGCAGGCAAGCGAGCUUGAGCAGCAGCUGGAUGGGCAACUGGGGCUUGUUUUCACGCUAAUGCGGCAGGUCAUGGUUCUAGACGCACAUGUAGCCGCGGGGUCGACAGCCGACACGAGCAACACCCUGCUGAGCAGUGGCGCAGCCACAGAAGACCAUCGCGAGCUUCUCGUUGGGCAACUCGAAGAGGUCGAGGACGCGGCGGUCUCUACAGCUCUGCACUUUGUCGAGCUUGCGAACCGCCACGCGCUGGAGUGGAUGAAUCAAGGGCAUUAUUCCGCAGCCCUGCAGCUCCUGCAGCGGGCGGACAGGCUGCUGCGCCAGAAUGCCGGUCGGGUAUUCCGCUAUCUGCCAGAUCCUGUAGAGCUCGAGGCCCCCUCGAUCAACGGCGCGGUGGGAGGGCGUAAUGGGCCUCGCGAUGGCUGUGACACAACCCCGCUGCAGCGGCCGGCUGCCGCGUCGGCACAGGCCAGGAGCCACGACCGUAAGAGCCCGGCAAUAUUCACCUCCAGCGACAGCGGUGCCAGUAUCAACCACAUCAGCAGCUAUAAUGUGUGCAGCAUCAGCGUCCCCUUUUUCUCCCCGUCGCAGGAACCGCGGCGGCUCAAGGCUGUGGCCGCUGUGGCGCACAACCUCGGCGUCUACCACUUCAAGCUGGGGGAGUACACGCUGGCAAGCCCACUCUUUGCCCGGUCGGCGGCCCUGGAGGAAGAGCUUCAGGCACCUGGAAUCGGCAUCACAUAUUUUAACAUGGCGCAGACGCAGCAUGGCCUUCGGCAGCUGACCGAGGCGCUGCGAUACGCUGAGAUGGCGGAGGAGGCGGUGGAGCGGCAAGUGUUCCAGGCGAAGGACAAGGCAACGCAGAUGCGGCGUCGGCUGACACAGGAACGCGCGUUCCAGGUAAGGGACUUCCCAGAUGGCGCGCAUGCUGCGCGCAGGGGCGGUGAGGACAACCGCGAUGGGGUCGCCGCGGCUGCAAACACAUCGGCAGACGGCCACCGUUGCAGCGAUGCGGCGGCCACCACCGAAGGAGAGGAGGAAAAAGCACUCAUGCGCAUGUGGAUACAGUGGCGCGAGAGCGUGUGCUUCUUGUCGUACGUGAAGCAGACACAUGCGGGGUGGCUGGAUGAGAUGGGCCUCUACAAGGAAGCUUAUCAGCACUAUCAGCAGGCGCAUCGCUGGCUCCUCGCCAUUCCUCGCCUCGCCACGGAGGAGCAGCAGCGUGCACAGCUGUUGAAGCAGUACAUGGCGACGAUGAAGGCACGCUGGCGGCGAGAGGAGGUCGAGGUGGAGCUCUACCACCACCCGCUGCGCACCUCCUCGGCCGCCAGAAGCGGGGCUGUGCCAGCGGCGUCGUACCCUUCCCACAGUACCCGCGCCCCGAGCAAGCACCGCGUGCGUACGCACCAGCGUCCUCAACGGUCUCCAGCGGUGCUGUCUGCAGCCGUGCCCAUUGCCAAAUACUUCACAUCCCCGCUGCAGAGCACUGUGGUGACAUCGGUGCUGCCGCGUAAUGUGGAGGUGGUCGGUAGGCGCCCGCGCGGCCCUUCUCGCGCGUUUCAUCGUGAGAUCUUCCCCACCCCGCACGAGGCGCCGUUUCUCUGGCCAGCCGCCAGCGCUUUCGCGCCGCGGAAUUCGAUGGGUGCACAGCCGCGUCGCCGCCCCAGCAGCGCAAACGUCGCGCUGCACUCAGCGUAUGCCCCGCGCCGGCCGUCUGCCUCAUCGCUUCGACAUCGACCCACCGCCACUGACCACGCCACCGCUUCUGCUGAGCAGGACCACAAACCCCUGUCACAUCCAUCACCGGAGACGAGAGAGCAGCAGCAGCAGCAGCAGCAGCAGCACGGCGGCAAAAGAGCAUCCUGGGAUCCAUCAAUGCGCGUGCCGAUCCCGCCGCCAGGGCGACGCACUGGAUACCGCACGUCGACUGGGCGCGCUGGGUCAGCCGCGUCUGGCCCAUUACUGCAUCGCGGCUCUGCCUCCCUUUUGCGAAGCAACGCAGGAGAGCCAGAGAUGUUCACGACUGCACGUCUGCCGCCCCGGGCAUCCUCUACCCCCUACGAUGCGCACACGCGUUUUGCUCCUCAGUAUCAUCCUUCACCGCCUCGCGAACCGUCCCCGGUGAGUAGCACAUUGGCAGAGUCGUGUGUGGAGCGCGGCCUGCUUUUCGAGGCCGAGCCAGAGACACCAAAGUCGCAACCACAUCAUCGUCACAGUGAGCCCGUCAUCCCUGAUGCGCUUAUCGUCGAGAGCGUGCAGAAGGUUGCCGCCGACCCACCGGGGCAGAGAAGCGAAGCUGCUGCGACACCGCAGAAAGGCAGUGCCGGUGCUGGCGUUUCGGACCUCACGGCAUCGGCCCCGUCAGCCGCGCGCCAGCUGCCCGGCCUCACGCCGUCCCCUCGAAUUCCCGGCGACUUGACAUGGUGCGUGACCGUGCUGCAGGCCUUUCUGCGUCCUCGCUGCCGCCACCGGACUUUGUUGGACACAGAGGGGGAGAGGGACCGCGGCAAACCAGCAGAUAGGGGCAGCCUGGGCGGUGAGUACGGCGGACACGUGGCGGUAGACGCGAUCAUGAAGCGGAGAAAGUCAGUGAUUUCCUACGAGAGCGACGACGGGGAUGCAAGUGGUGGUUCGGCUGCCAGGGCGCCUACCGGCACCAGGAGCCCUGACCGUUUUCACAGCGAGGGUUUCCACGGUGCCGGAGACAGUGCCGACGCUGCUGCCCUAACCGCCACAUGCGAAUAUGUGGCUACGUGCGAUUCUGGUGCAGUGAUAGCAGUUGCGUUAACGCCUUUUCCGAUCAGUCACGAGAAAAACGAGGGAGAGAUAUAUUACCUCCACGAGCCAAGUGUUGACGACGACGAGGUGAUGCUCAAAGCAGAACCGCUCGACUCGGGACGGCGUGGCCGCAUGCCGGUAUCGGCAGACGCCUUGUUGGGUAGGAAAGGGGAUCCGUGCUGUGGUAAUGCGUCGGCGAACACAUCGAAGACGAACACUCACGAUACCUCGGGGAAGGGUGAGGGCGACGCGAUGGCGAUGCUGGCUGAGGAGCGUGAGGACGCACCAGGCAACGCUCUCGUGUUAGAGACACGCGCCUCGGUGCCCGAGGAGGCGAAGGCCGACAGCCUCAGUACACUGCCGCGGCUAAAUGCGGGUGAUAGGAAAGACAGCGUGGUGGCAUCCCUGGCGAUGCAUGCUCACAAGGACGAUCAGCAUCAGGUGUGCGGAGCGGAAGGGAGAGGCGCGGCGGCGCAGAGGACCGCGUCACCUUUUCGGGCGUCUGCCGAUGAGGUUCUCCGGGCAGAGCAAGCGGAACUCGCAUGCGCUGCGGUGGCAGUGGCUGGCUCGCUUUCAGCGCGUCAGUCGACGACACUUAACAAAGUUGCGAGCUCAGUUGCCACCGUCGCGGAGGCCUUUGCGUCUGCUGCAGGCGACUACAGCGACGUGCCGAAGCCGUCUUCCCUGUCACCAACUUCGUGGGCCGCGUGCAGAGGUACGAGGACACCGUUUCAGUUACCACAGAACCCAGAGGCGAGAGAGGGAGAGCUGAAAACCCUGCCUGCUCCUGCCGGGCUGUUGCACUCGUCGCACUCACCGGUGCCGCAAGCACCGCAAGAGACAAACCGGCGCGUAGACCAGGUGGACGGCUCCUGCAGUGCUGGGCUCGGCGCUGCUGGCGAAGCGGAGGCCAGUAACAUUUUUUGCGCAGCUGCGCACGCGACACUCUCCGACAGAAGCCGCGAGGACGACGUGAGCGACAGGACAGCAGCCCGAAAAGCAGCCCUUUGGGAUUCACCAACGCCGCCCUCUGCUUUCUCCGCGUGCGCAGAGAACGUUUGCGCGAGCAGCGUGGAAGACACUGCUCUGCCUGGCGGGUCAUCGAUGCGUGCAUCCAUCUCGGCCACCUCUGCUCGGUUUACCGCAUAUGCGCACGAAGCACCGCAAAAGAUUGGCAGCAGCGCUUCGGCGUGCACGGGCGAUCCUGAGGUCGAAGGCGAUAACGGGCCAGCGAGUGAGGCACUGCAGCAGGAGAUGGAGGAGGGCGGAGUCAGCGUUUGGCACAAGGGCAGCUCGGCUGCGCCUGAGGCAAGCGCUGCCUCCGCGGGACGAGCCGCUUCCAGCGGCCGCGAAACAGCCGGCUGCGGUGAAGCAGUGCCAUGGACAGAGAAGGUGAGCGAUGCCACGGAUGCUCUUGCCGUUACCGUAGCUCUCCCGAGUGCGGAGGCUGAGGAGCAGCUGACAACUCCGGAUAACGACGGCCACACACAUAAGCAGAGCCGCGCCGCGACGGUGCUCUCGCCGCCAUCGAGGAUCAGGGAAUCCUGUCGCGGUGAGUUUCCCACGACGACGAGUGCGGCGAGACCACCACACACCAAAGGUGCAGACCUACAGUGGCCCGAAGACCUUGCCAGCGCGAAGGCGACAACAGAGGAGCGACGUGCAGAGGUGAGCGCGGCGAUAAAGGAAGGUCCAUCUCCAGAGGAGGCUAUGGCGGCCCCGCAGCCUCUGGCGACACUGCCGCCUCGACGUGGUCGCGUGUUCGUCUUCGCACCGCACCAGCUUGCAGCAUCUGCGUCGAUGGAGCUGACGAGCAGCGACCUCAGCUUCCGCAGUGGUGACGCUGGGGAGCGCAUUCGAUCCCCUACGCGGACACUGAAGCAGCCCGCGGCGACUCUCGGUACGGAGACGGUAGAGGACGGGGCGGCAAAGCCGGUACUGCUGCGCGUGGCGGGCGGCGGCCGCACCUCCGGCUCUUCCGAUGGUGUGCUCUGCUCCAAGGAAGGGCACUGCUGCGCAGCGGCAAUGAUGGCGUGUGCGACGGCCGAGGAUGAGACUGUGGGCCGCCGCACUGCAUCUAUCGGCUCCACCACGACCCGGAUCACGCAACUCCGGGGGAGCUCCUCGAGAAGCAUUCACGACGGGAAUGACCUCCGACUAGGCGACGGCGAAUCGCCGGUGAAACUGGAGGCAGUCAAGCUGGCGGAGUCGACAGCGUCGGGGUCGACGAUGGCCCCAUCCCCGGCGAUAAUGCAAGAUCGAUUGCCACCGCCUUCCACAUCCGUGGAUGUCGCGGUGCCCAACGAGACGCCGGUGACGGUGAACGAGGACGUUGCGCAGGCGAAGGAGAAGGACGUGACGCAGCUGCAAAGGUCACGGCAGGAUUUCUUGUCCGCUCGGGAAACCGACAUCAUUGCGAACAUGGACACCCCGCCUCUGUGCACGUCGAGUGCACCCAAUGCACCGGAGCUUCUGGACUCUUCCAAGCCUCCGUGCUCGUCAGCGGUCUUUGCCCCGAUAUCAGCGUCGGUGGCUGUGGCACCAGUCGAAGCGUCCAGAGGAUCAGGACGCGCAGCAGCGUUGGAGACGAAACCGUUGGCUGCUGUGCCCCCGCCCGUAUCUCCUCGACCAGGGUCGCUGGCGACACUGCCAGAGGCUGGGGAAGGAGCUGCGGUUCUGUUGUCACCACGGAAUGGCGCUCUGGGCCGCGAAGGUGACCUGCUUGGCCGUGUACACGGAGGUGACGCCCACGAGGCGACGCCUCCCGGCAAGGGAGAUGUCCUUGCGACCACGGAGGGAGAGACGGCGCUCGAAGUCGGUACUAACCAUCCUGUCAGUGAGGCGAAGGAUGGCGUGGCGGGUGCGCACGAAAAGGCGCGCCUCAGGAGUGAAGGCGCCCACGGCGCCGCGGUGGCCUCGUGCGAGGUCUCUGCAGGUCAUCGUUCCCCACCUCAUCUACCAGCGCCUUUUCACGAGCCGCGGCCGCAGCAGCAGCAGCGACUCGGCACGAACGAGUCUACUUGGAGCGACGUGGAGACGGAUGAGGCGCAGCGGCGGUAUAUCCGCGAUCAAAUCGUACAGGAGGAGGCGGCGGGGGUGAUUCAACAGGCGUGGAGAGAUUAUGUAGCGGCACGGUUGCGGCGCCAGCUGCACCUGCUAUGGUAA